UUCAGGAAAUGAAUGAAAUUGUGACACCCAAGGCUGUAUUUGAAAUCCUAAAUGUUUGAACUCAAGAGUAAUAAUUUUGUUAAGUCUAAACAAAUCAAUUAUACAGGUACAACGCAUUUAUGUUGGUCAGGUGCUUUGAGGAUCGGUAUUGAAAGACUGAAACUUUAAAAAUGUUUGGUUCCAGUCCGUUCUCCUACGCCCCAGGGGGCUUGUCUCCGGAGGACCUGUCUCACAGACGCAAUGUUAAUAAUCCAAAAACAUUUGGCAGUUUACAUAAUGACGACCAAAGGGUUUCUCCAGUGCAGGGAAACAUGUCCAGGCCCACAGGAAAAUCCAUCUACAUGCAGAGAAAGGAAUACUCAGAAACACUAAACAAACAAUCAGACAUCUUGAAUGUCAGAGUGGAGCACCUGUUCACCUGUGAAAUGGAUGGUCGGGAUGUGGACUCCAUCAGUGACUGUGUGGCCAAACUGAAGAGGCUGGAUACAAAGGGCCAGCUGUGGUCACAAGAGAUGAUCUUGGAUGUGCAGGGGAGCUAUCUGGUCCUCUCUGACAUUGAGACAAAGUCAGAGUUAGACUCUCUGCCUUUGAAGAACAUCAUGGAAACUAAUGCCAUUUUGGACACCUGCGCCUACAACUCUCUUUUUACACUAACUGUCCAAGAGCGCAACAAGCGCAUCCCUCAAGUCUAUAUGUUUCAGUGUGAAGAGACUGGGGCUGAGAUCAUUAAGGCAGACAUAGAUAAAGCAAUUCAAAAAGGAGGACAAGGAUUUGUGGAACCACGCAGCCAGAGACCAGCAGACCCAGGAGAACUCAGGAGCAAUCUUGAGAAUAUCAUUGGUGCGCAUGUGUCUGGAGGGUACCGCCCUGAAGGCCCCCGUGCGGUGUUUAAUCCAUCUCCAGAGCUCCCUCAGUGGAAGAGCAGGGAACCAGAAAACCACCUUCCUGAUGAAGCAGUUUACCAGGAGGAGGUAUAUGACUCACACUUUCACCCAGGACCUCCUCAGCUCUCGGACACAGAGUGGAACAUAGAAGUAUUCAACCAUGUUUUGAAUGAUCUGGAGAUCUUUAUGUCUGAAGUGACUGCAGCAGUGAGCACAGCUGCUCCGGAACCUAAUAAGAAGAAAAAGAAAUCAAAGAAGAAAAAAGCUGAACCAGCUGUCAACACUGUCAAUCUGCCACCACAGGACGAGUACAUGUCCUUUCUUCAGAAAAUCAAAUAUGCGUUCAAUAUUGUGGCACAGCUGGAGGAAGCCCUCACUGAACCCACUGCUGAAGACUAUGUCCACGUUUUAUUCAACAUUUUCAAUAGUGUAAGGCUGAUGCAAUAUUUUAGAAACACUCCUUUAAACAUUCAUAAUAAAACUAUUUUUAUGUUCAUCUUAUUUAAUAAUAUUUUCCUUUCUCUCCAGGUGGGGCCUCAUUAUCAUCGGGACAUCCCUCUCACAGUUCAGGCUCCAUUGCUGACAGACGCAGUGAUGCAGCUGCUGAGCUCUGUGGUCACCCCGGAGGAGCGGCAGCUCUGGGUGUCCCUUGGAGACUUCUGGACCAUUCCCAGUUCCCAAUGGGCAGAGGAAGAUGUCCCUGAGUACAUCCCUGAGUUUUAUGACAACUGGCAGCCCCCUCCUCGCCCUCAAAAGACACACCCAGUAAGCCGGAGCAACAGCCAGCGAUUCCCCCCCAGACAGCAAAAUGGAUGGGGUACUCCGCCCCCUGCACGAUCGAGUGAACCUGAGUAUAUGCGAGCUAUUUAUGAUUUCAUGGCCAGAAACAACAGAGAGCUCAGCCUCAUGAAGGGGGAUGUGGUUGAGGUGGUUCAGAAGAAUAAGCAGUGGUGGCUGGUCCGUAACAACCGCUACGAGGAGGGCCAUGUUCCCCAAAAUGUCCUGGAGUCAAUGGACCAGCCACAGAUGGGACAGAGAGAGGGCCCUGUGACUCUGGACAUGAGCUCUUCUUCAGCAGAGGUCUCGGCUUGGCUUGCAUACAAGGGUUUCUCCAAACUGACAGUAAGAAGCCUGGGAGUACUGAAUGGACGACAGCUUUUGGGAAUGACAAAAGAUGAAAUCCGAUCUGUGUGUCCAGAGGAUGGAGGGAAAGUCUUCUUCCAGCUCCAAGCCAUUAAAUCUGCCAUCGCACUUGCCAGUGAACCUUCAGGACCUUACAACAGUCACUACUAAAGUGUCUUAUAUCAUUGUUAAUAAUGAUUGAACAUUAGGGAGCAGUAAAACUGGCUUCACACCUUAUACCACUGAAUUCAAAUUUUAGAAACUAUAAUGAAUGUAUAUAAAUUAUUUUGAACAGUAAUUUGCUAUUUCAUUUUGUAAUUUGUUUACUAAAUACCUAUACCAUAAUCAAAACUCUGUAGGUGUGUUGCACAAUGGAU